AUGUUCCGAUGCUAUUUUGUCUGUGCUACCAUUGCAUGGAUAUUGGAAGAGUUAGUAGCCAGAAUAUCAUUACAUGCUCUUGCACUCACAAUGUUCUGGAUCAUGGAACCUCUAAUACUACUUCCUGAGAAGAGAACUACUGAAACCGUUUCUUACUCAAAUGUUCUCGCUGUAUUUCCUGUUCGUAUAGUGCAUCCUUUGGCAAUAAAAAGACCUUGGGAUGAGGAUCCAUUUGCAAUGAGUGAAGAAGUUAUGAAGAACAUAUCACUGGAAAUUGUGAGAGAAAAAUUGUUAGAUUAUGUACAUCAGGAAAUCCCAUAUGGCGUUGAACAUCGUUUGAUGGACUGGAAGGAGCUACGAGAUGGUUCUCUCAGGAUUGAGCAACACUUCAUUACUCACAAGAUCAGCCAACGCAAGAUUCUUGUCGGGAAGAAGGGAUCCAAAAUCGGGAGGAUUGGCAUGGAAGCGAACGAGGAGUUGAGAUCCAUAUUCAAGAGGAAUGUCCAUCUCAUCCUCAUGGUCAGAGUCAAAUGA